GUGUCCCAGGCAGAGAAAGUAAAAGGAUGCGUUUGAGAUAUUGAAAAAGCCAGAAAUGUCUCCGUCUAGAAUUGAAAUAUCUAGCUAGUAAGGCUGACUGCAAAGGAGUUUCUACCCCGAAGUGAUCUGGCGAAGAGAACUGUGAGAGCAAAUUUGCACUAAUGCAACGAAGCUUGAGCUCUAUAAGGCGGUAGAGGGAAGUGAAGGGGUGGAGCUUUUAUGAGCUUUCUGGAACACUAACUGAAGGAACCAGAGUAACAGGUCUGAUUAGGGAACACCAGAUGCCUAUGGCAUGAUGCCUGGAAAGAGACAGCUUGGAGUGAGGAGUUAGACAGAGGAGAGGACAGGAGCGGAGAGGAGUGACCAGAACCCUACACUCUACCCUACCCCUACCGGCUGCUGCAGUGUGGCUGUGCAUUGCGGUGCCACUCUCAAACCCCACUGUGAUAUUCCUCAGCCAGGCAGGAACCAUGCCGGCCCUGGCCACCGGAUCUGGAAAUGACUCAGAUCUGUAUGAGCUGCUGUCUGCCCUGCCCUCCCAGCUCCAGCCCCAUGUUGACAGCCCGGACGACAGCACCUUUAUACACGACAUGUUCGGAGAGAGGAGCCUCCACUCGCUGGUCAAGAUCCACGAGAGGCUGCAGCACUAUGAGCAUCGCAGUCCUGCCCCCGUCCUGGACAGCGCAGGGUCCCUAGCCACUGACCUGUCUGAGGAACUGCAGGUUAAAGGUGGCAGUGGAGGAAUCAGAGAGCUGCUAAAACUACUGGCUAAACCCCACAUCAAGAGUCUUCUGUCCGUCCAUGACACGGUAGCCCAGAAGAGUUUUGACCCCGAUCUGCCUCCGUUGCCCGAUGACAUCGAUGAUGACGAGGAGUCAGUGAAGAUCAUACGACUGGUCAAGAACAAGGAGCCUCUCGGAGCCACAAUAAAGUGUGAUGAGCACACAGGAGCCAUCCUUGUUGCCAGGAUCAUGAGAGGUGGCGCUGCAGACAGAAGUGGUCUGAUCCGUGUAGGCGACGAGCUGAGGGAAGUGAACGGGAUUCCUGUGGAUGACAAGAAGCCUGAUGAAAUCCUCCGCAUUCUGGCCCAGUCUCAAGGGGCCAUUACGUUUAAAAUAAUACCAGGUAUCAAAGAGGAGGCGCCGAGCAAGGAGCCCAAGAUGUUUGUGAAGACACUGUUUGACUACGAACCAGCGGAGGACAAAGUCAUCCCGUGUAAGGAGGCGGGUCUGGCCUUCAAGAGGGGAGAUAUCCUUCAGAUCAUGAGCCAGGAUGAUGCAACCUGGUGGCAGGCCAAACAAGACAGCCAUGCCAACCCCCGCGCCGGCCUCAUACCCUCCAAAGAGUUCCAGGAGAGAAGAUUUGCACUGCGUCAGCCCGCCACCCAUGUUUUUCAGGCCCAGAAGAUCUCCAACAGAAGAUCAUCUGGUUUUCGCCGGAGCUUCCGCCUCAGCAGGCAAGACAAGAAGACCAACAAAUCCAUGUAUGAGUGUAAGAAGAGUGAGCAGUACGACAUGGCUGACGUGCCCACCUACGAGGAGGUGACUCCACACCGCAGGCAGAGUGGGGCCAAGCACAGGCUUGUGGUCCUCGUCGGUCCCACGGGGGUAGGUCUAAAUGAGCUGAAGAGGAAGCUGCUGAUCUCUGACCCCCGACACUUCAGCGUUACCGUGCCACACACCAGCCGGCCGAAGAGGAACCAGGAGAUUGACGGGGUGGAGUAUCACUUCAUCUCCAAAAAUAUAUUUGAGACAGACAUCCAAAACAACAAAUUCGUAGAGCAUGGUGAGUAUAACGGGAACUACUAUGGGACCAGUCUGGACUCUGUGCAUUCUGUCCUGUCCAAGAACAAGGUGUGCCUGCUGGACGUUCAGCCUCAUAUGAUAAAGCACUUGAGGACGGCAGAGUUUAAACCCUACGUGGUGUUUGUGAAGCCGCCGCCCAUCGAGCGCCUGCGGGAGACCAGAAGGAACGCUAAGGUCAUCUCAGGCAAGGACGACAAGGGAUCCGCCACGCCAUUCUCGGAGGAGGACUUCCUGGAAAUGGUGAGCACCGGCCAGCAGAUGGAGAGCCAAUACGGCCACUUGUUUGAGAAGGUGAUCGUCAACGACGACCUGACAGCAGCAUUCAGUGAACUGAAUGGGGCUCUGAAGAAGAUGGAGACAGACACUCACUGGAUACCCAUCAGAUGGACUCACUCCUGAGAACCACGGAGAGAGAGAGACUUUUUGAGAAAGAAUAUUAAAAAGGGAAGGACAUUUUAACAAAGUUGUUAGUAUAUUUAUAUAUUUUACCCUUAUUUCUGCCAUGUGUGUGGUGGGCGUUGUUGGAUAGCAGUGAACUGACUUUAUAUAUUGCACUACCCACAGGGCUCUGGUCAAGGUACUAUGUAGGAAAUAUGGUGCCAUUUUGGGACGAAGCCUGUAUCUCUCUCUGGGUCUUCCACUGGGCCCUGACCAGCUCAGUCAACAGUCAAUGCACUGGACAUCUUGAGGGUGGGGCUGGUCUGAUCUGGUUUUAGACCGCUGCUCUGUCUUCAGAUCACUUUCACUGUGACUGCCAAUCAGUGCUGUGCCAGUACGUACUGUGACUUACUGCUCCUUCCUUAGUGUGUUUUUAACAUUAGUUUAUAGAAAACAAAGGGAUUUGUAUUUUUCUGUUUCUGGAUUGACAGUGGGCGGUGUUUACAUGUACAUUUCUGUAUGUUACUGCAAAGCCUCAAGAAGAGAAUAAUGGGGAAAGAGAUACAAAUAAACAUUUUGCCUUCAAGUCUUAAACUCCGCUUCGUUCCAAAAGUUCACCCUUUUCUCUAUGUAGUGCACUACUUUUGACCAAGGCCCAUAGCAAUCUGGUCAAAAAUAGUCCACUAUAUAGGGGUAGGGUGCCAUUUCUGAUGCACCUUCAAACUCCGAUAAACUAUGCCCUUGCCAUUUUUAACGCUUCCAUAGACGGUUAUGCCAAGAUAGUACACUCAUCGAAGGGCAACAACAGGUGUCAUUUUAUUUAAGAGAAAUGAAUAUAUUUUCAUAUUUUUCUGCUAUUUUACAUACCUUUUAUAUAUGACAUAUUUCUAACAUAUUUUAUAAAGAAGCACCAUGAUACUGUCACUGUAUAACCUGAGGUGAUUCCUGACGUUACUUUGAUGUUGGAAGCCUUCAGACAGUGUCUUGUCGUUGUACCUCCAGUUCCCGUGCCCUACUUACACAGUGUGCGUUCUAAACGCCACCCUAUAUAGGGAUUUAGGACAACGCCUAGGUGUUUUAAACUUUUUUAUUUAGGAGCUAUUUAAAAAAAGAUAUUUAAACCCUACUUUGAAUACUUUACUCAUGACGGUGACCAGGCAGCAAAACAAUUUGCCAAUUAAACUACCAGACAUUGGCUUGUCAUUUGUAAGUAAAAUGUUCUCAAUCUAGUAUAAUUAGGGUGGAGUGGAGUUAGCCUUAAUUUAUUCUCAUAAAACAGGCCUAAAACAAGGAACCUUACAGAGGGCUCCAUAGCGCUAAUAGAUUUACAACAGGCCGAAGAAAAAAAAGUAGCUGCUUCUAACUUAACAAGGUUCAGGUUAUAUAGAGAAAGGUUAGAGUUGCUAGUCCUCCACACCUCUCUUUCAAUUUC